UGCCAGUAAGCGUUUAUCAACACUUAAACAAAAACGUGAAGUUCAAUAAAAUGACAAAUCUACGCAAGGAACUGGAAAAGUGUAAGCACCCCAACAGUCGCAAAACAAAAGCGCUUGGCAAGAAGGCACGUCGCCAGAACAACAAGCACAAAACGCGUCUUGGUCAUGCCAUUAAAAGUAACAUCACCGGCGAGAAACUGAGCUGGUUCUUGGGACACAUCGAUGAAAAGCGUACCGAGCCUCUAGCGCCACAGGAAUUGGAGGACCUCAUUGCCCUGUACUUCAAACGCUUCGACGAGGAACUGGAGCAGAUCAAUCUGAAGCAGUCGAUAGGAAAACAUCGGGCAAAUCAGCACGCCGCCCGCAAGGAUGUGAUAACAAUAACCCUGGAAAAGGAGCAGAACGAGUACCGCAGUGGGGGCCUUCAGCUGAUGAACCUGUGCGACCCCUUAAAACUAAAAAUGCUCCGUGAUUGGGAUGGUAGCGCCCUUAGUGUCCAGCAUUUGAAAUUGGAUCUUAUUUCUCACAACAUGCUGCAGCGCCUUAAGGAGCAGUCGAAAGAGAAGGGUCAGGACGAAAUGGAAACAUCCUAGAAUAUUGUGUUGAUAAAUAAACUAGUAAAAAUAAA